UGUGUUUGUAACUGCGCUUCUAAGACUAUGUGUGUAUGUCUGUGACUUUGUGUCUCACAAGGUGUCCGUGUGGGUGUGUGUUUGUAACUGCGCUUUGUGUGUGUGUGUGUGUGUGUGUGUGUGUGUAGUAAGGCAGUCAGUAGUCAGUAAGAGGAGGAAGUUUACUUUACUUUCUGGAGCCUUUGUCUGACGAGCAUCCCAUAAACAGCUCCCCCUCAGACCUCAGCAACCACUAUCCCAGAGCAGAUAAGGGAAACAUUGUUCAGGAGAUGAGAGCCCUUGUGCACUGAAGCCCUGCAGCCCUGUGGACCCAUUCUUGGUGCCGCCAUGGCUUUGGAGUCAGAGCAGAAAGUAAGCAAGCUGACUUUUGGAUUCCAGCGCAGUUCAACGUCAGAUGAUGAUUCCGGCUGUGUUUUGGAAGAAUAUGCAUGGGUUCCCCCAGGUCUGAAGCCAGAACAGGUUCAGCUGUACUUUUCCUGCCUCCCGGAGGAUAAAAUCCCCUACGUGAACAGCCCCGGAGAGAAGCACAGGAUCAAGCAGCUUCUGUACCAGCUACCGCCCCAUGAUAAUGAGAUGCGUUACUGCCAGUCACUGAGUGAGGAGGAAAAGAAAGAGCUGCAGCUGUUCAGCGUCCAGAGGAAGAAAGAGGCUUUGGGCCGAGGAGCCAUUAGGCAGCUGCCCAGGUCACUGAUGCACGUGGUUUGUGAGCAGUGCAAGGAGAAGAUAAAUGGCGGUGAAAUAGCCAUAUUUGUGUCCAGGGCGGGCUCCACCGUCUGCUGGCAUCCGGCCUGUUUCAUCUGUUCCACCUGCCAGGAGCUGCUCGUCGAUCUGAUCUACUUCUACCAGGACGGCAAGAUACACUGUGGCCGACACCACGCCGAGCUCGUGAAGCCCCGCUGUUCAGCCUGCGACGAGAUUAUUUUUGCCGACGAGUGCACCGAGGCAGAAGGUCGUCACUGGCACAUGAAACACUUCUGCUGUUUCGAGUGUGAAACCAUCCUGGGAGGACAGAGGUACAUCAUGAAGGAUGGCCGGCCCUUCUGCUGUGGCUGCUUCGAGAGUCUCUACGCGGAAUAUUGUGAAGCCUGUGGGAAUCAUAUUGGUGUUGACCAUGCUCAGAUGACCUACGACGGGCAACACUGGCAUGCCGUGGACAAGUGCUUCUGCUGUGCCCAGUGCAGGACCCCGUUGCUGGGCUGCCCCUUCCUGCCGAAACAGGGCCGGAUCUUUUGCUCCAAGGCCUGCAGCCUGGGCGAAGAUGUCCACGCCUCCGAUUCCUCCGACUCCGCCUUCCAGUCCGCCCGCUCCAGGGAGUCCCGGCGCAGCGUCCGCAUGGGGAGAAGCAGUCGGUCAGCAGACCAGUGCCGGCAGUCGCUGCUCCUGUCCCCCGCCGAUGACUACAAACGCUCCGGUUCCGGCGGCCACGGCGGCAGGACCUUCUGGAAGGGCAGCGGAGAGGCAGAGGCCCCGGAGGAGCAGGAGGAGUGGGCGGAGCACGAGGACUACCUGACGCAGCUACUGCUCAAGUUUGGCGACCGGGGGGUCUUCUUCCAGCCCCCCGGCGGCGACGAGGCCCAUGGCAACCCGGAGCUGCGCGUCCACGGGGCCCCGGGCCUGGCCAGCAACAAGUUUGAGCCCAGCCUGUCCUGGGCACAGUCCCAGGACAAUCUAGGCGACUCGGCCUACGGGAGCCACCCGGGCCCAGCCAGUAGCAGGAAGAUGCAGGACCUGGAGACAGAACACGGCCCCGUGGGCUUCAAGCACGGUGACAGCCCCUGGUACGGAGACUCACUGGAAUGCUUGAGCAGCGAGCUGAAGCCCAGCCAGCAGAGUGUCCGCAAUUCUGUGGACUCACUUGCCCUGUCCAACAUAACAGUAGGAGCCUCAGUGGACGGAGACAGCCAGCAGAGAUCGCCUGUCUUCACUCUGCAGGAUCUCCAAGAAAUGGAGAGCUGUGAGAAGGUGAGCAACAUGGGGACGAUGAACUCCUCGAUGCGCCACUGCAGCAUAGAGUCCCUGAAGAGCUUGGCGUCGGAGCACUGCCCAGUCCCAGAGCCGGAGGAAAAGCAGAAACCUCUCUACAACCCGAUGCUGAGGAGGUCAAAGUCACAGACGAGGCCUCAGCAAGUGAAGUUUUCCGAUGACGUUAUUGACAACGGGAACUGCGAGGAGAUCGAGGUUCGGCAGCCCCCAAUGAGCGAGCGGACACGGCGCCGAGUGUAUGACUUCGAAGGGCACGGCAGCCGGCACCACCAUCGCUGGCGCCGGAGCAGGAAAUCCCGUUCUGACAACGCGCUCCACUUGGCCGCCGAACGGAGGGGCCAGAGGGAAAGGCUUCACCUUCACUCUCCAAAAGACUGUGACAAACUGAUUGAGACCAACGCCCAUCGCGACAGACAGCCAUAUCACCAGAGCCAAGACGUGUACGGCCAGUACAGCCAGCCCCCGGACUACGCAUUAAACCAAGCGGUGGGCAAGUUCCUUGGCCUGUACGCUGACGACUAUGAUUCCUGGUGCUCAACAUGUUCCUCCUCGUCCUCUGAUUCAGAAGAAGAGGGUUACUUCCUUGGUCAACCUAUCCCACAGCCCCGAAGCCAAAGGUACCAGCUCUACGGCGAUGACCUUGCAGGAACAUCUGUGGUGCCAGCGUCUUCCACAACACCACAGAUCACAAGAGCCAAAAAGAACAAAAGCCACAAAGGGAAGAAUUGUAUAAUUUCCUAGAACAGAGCUAGUGGCGACCAAAUUUAUCAGGAGCGUUUCUGGAAUCUGAGUCUAGGUGUUACUGGACCAUCUCAUAGAAGCAGGCUAUAUACUGUAAAUUUAUUGGCAAUGGGAACUCUGUACCCACUUGUAAUCCCACAUGAAGGAACACUACCUGCCAUGCUCUGUCCCCACACCCUCAGCCAUCUUCACGCUGGAUUCAUGGUUCCAGGAAGCUUCAGGCAUUGGAACAAAAUGUUUUUUUUUAAACUUCAUUAUCUUCUAUGUUAUUAUGGUAUUAAAUGUUCACUUUCAUUGAAGUAUUUGCAAUGAGUCUGUAAAGUGAAAGGGUUGAAUGGAGAUAGUUGUGUGGAGUGAAUCUGCCGCCCCCUCUCCGUCCUUGCAAUUCCACACCACAGGCAUUAGAGGGGCUGCAACCUGUAAUUUCAAAGAAAAAAUGUUGGUAUUUAUAAUGUAGCAUUUAACAACUAAAGUUAAUCAUAAUUUAACGGUGCAAAUAAUGUAUAUAUUGUAAAGUCCAGAUUAAGAAACUGAUAUUUUUAUAUAUCGCCGAAUUACAAAAAAAAAACACAUUUAUGUUUGGUUGUAUAUGAAUAAAUGUAAUGAAGUGAUUGGCGGCAUUCCCCUUUGAUAAGCAGUGUUCACCAUUUUGUUAAGAUGUACUGUGUUUAACGCUUCUACACACAGCUUCUCUCUUGUCUAGUUACGUUCUCACUGGGCCCCUUCGUGACCCAGCAGUAUUGGCAAUUCCCAGAUCCAGAAGUGCACCUGAGAUACUUGCAAUGUUACCGGAGCCUAUUGUGAAUCAGAUAGUGUAAAGAAGUAUCAUAAGUGAUGUAUAAAUGUAAAGACUGGAACAUGUGGAUGAAUGAAAUAAAAACAUAUAAAAUAACCCAGUUUGUUUCACUAAAAUACAUUCUGCAAACUGUUGAAACAACGAGCCACCUCCCUCCUCUUAACCAGCUCCCGCUCAAGGCCCCACCCCCUGCCCUGUUGUUCCCUCAAUGGGGGGGCCUGGCUGCCAGUCAGGCCACGCUGCCCAUUUCAGUAUCAGAGGUCCGGGGCUUUUGGCUGCAAGUAUCCUCACCGAAGGUUCAUUUAUUAUCGAAGUAUACAACUCUGAAAUUCUUCUUCUGAAGUCGAGGCCCAAUGGCCAGAGCCCCCAAGUCUGAAUCUGUGUAAGUCUGCUGGGAAAAUCAGAUACCAUGAAUCCACACGUCCAGUGGAGACUGGGUAGAGGAACGGGCUUGUUUUGCUGUCGUUGCUUUGUUACUUGGCAUGUUCUGUUUUGUUGUGUUCUGCCAAGCAUUGUGGGCAUAGUGUGCUGGCGUUGGAAUGCGUGGCGCCCUUGCGGGCAUCCCCCAGCACGUCGUUAGGUGUGUUACAUAGAAACAUAGAAAAUAGGUGCAGGAGUAGGCCAUUCGGCCCUUCGAGCCUGCACCGCCAUUUAUUAUGAUCAUGGCUGAUCAUCCAACUCAGAACCCCGCCCCUGCCUUCC